CAACCCUCAAAUAUUAAAUAAAUAAGAAUUGAAGAAACUAGAAUCCCGCCGCCGCAGCCACAUUUUCUGAUGGACUUACGGGUAGUAGCCACCGUCGCCGACAAGCUGUUUACACUCGCUCGUGAUCCAAACAAGAUAGUCGAUUCCGCUGAGUUCUUCCACCUCUGUAUCGUUCUCGCCAGAGGUAUUGACUACAUUGUUUCAAACAAUGAAAACCCUGAAAGAUUUGAAGACUUACCCGCAAUAUUAAAACAGGUUUGCCAAUGUAAAAAUGACCCCUCUGUAAUAGGAGGUAUCUUCACGCUGAUGAAAUCUGUUAAGUAUGCUUGUAGAUUUGGAUUUUUUUUGGCGAAAGAUUCUGAAGAACUUCUUGCCCUUACAAAUGAGAUAGAAAGCAUUUACUGCGUCGGAGAUAAAUUUUCUAAUAGAAAUGAUACUAUUUCUAAUCUAACAACAAUUAUGUCCAGAUUUUAUCCGUGGUUGAAGAUGGGGCAGAUACUGACUUGUGUUGAAGUAGAGAAAGGCUAUGGGUUAUAUGUCAAUGAUUUCUUCAUUCAUAGGACAAUGAAUUUUCCACCAACCGACCAAAUUCGAUUUUUGGUAGCUCGAACUGACUUAAUGGAGAACUCUUCUUGCAUCACAAGUCCCCCACAAGUAAACUUUCUGCUCAAUGGAAAAGGAGUUGAUAAAAGAACUACUGCUACUUUGGAUAAAGGCCCACAAAUGCCUACAAUUGUUACACCAAUGCUGUUUUACGGUGUUAACCUUCUUCAAGCUGUGGGAGAAUUCAAUGGGAGUUACAUCAUAAUGGUUGCUUUAAUGAGUCCAAUCUCAAGUGUUGCUAUCCCUGUCCAAGAUUAUGUUCCUCCUGUGGUUACUUCUCAUGAUUCUGACCCUGAAAUAGCCGAGGGGGCAUCACGAAUUUCAUUGAACUGUCCAAUAAGUUUCAAGCGUAUCAAAACCCCAGUAAAAGGGCAAUCAUGCAAACAUCACCAGUGUUUUGAUUUCAACAACUUUGUGGAAAUGAACGCAAGAAGGCCAUCAUGGCGCUGCCCAAACUGCUCUCAGGAUCUAUUCUUAAGUGACAUCCGUGUAGAUCAAACUAUGGUCAAGAUCUUGAAAGAGGUGAAUGAGUCUGUCACAGACGUUAUUAUUUCUAUCGAUGGAUCAUGGAAUGUUGUCACAAAAAACAAAGACAAUGCAGAUCAGCUCCAUUCUACAAACGCAAAUAUUGAGCAAGAUACAUUAGUGAUUGAUACACCUCCAGAUUCUAUUGUUGAUCUUACUGAAGACAGCGUUGGUAUACGACUUUCGAAUGCGUGUGAAGAACCUGGAGAUGUGAAGCCUGUUCUGAGUAAUAAUCAAACUCAACCGUGUUUGAUUAACCCAGCUAUUCAUGAUAAUCAGAACGCCUCUUCUUCUCACAUGGAUGAUGAUUUUUGGUCUGAGUUUUAUCUCCCAACAUUUGAAAAUCUAGCAUCAGUUCAUCCUUCUUCGAAUUUCAUGUCUCCUACUCCAUCGAUUAUUUCCUCUACUACUCUUAAUGGUGAAAGUGCUGGUAAUAAUUCUGUGCCGUUACAGCAGCAGACAGUGCAUGGAAAGAGGCCAUCAAGACCUGACUUAGCUCCUCUUCUCAAUACAUCUUCACUCAACUCGUCUCAGAUGCAGCCACAGCAGCCAUCAAUGCCUCAUUUAACUCCUCUCAAUACAUCUCCACUCAACGUGUCUUCAUUGCAGCAACAGAUCCCACAGGUCUUGGAUCAAAGAAACAGGUUGAAUCAAGCCACGACUGGUCAUUCUUCAUUAAGUCCACAUUUUAGUGCUCAAAGAGUCUCGGCAGCCUUAUCAACAGGAUUCGAAAAUCAACAACUUCAUUCCACUAGCCAUUCUUCAUCCCCUUUACUGCGAUCAUCGAAUUUCCAACAAAGACCAAUAUCUCUCGCGGGAAGCCAUCAAGACAGACGAGCUGAGUUCAUGCAUUCAACAUCAGCGAUAAGGCAUUUUCCACCCCCUCCAGCUUGGAGGUCAACACAAAUUUCGAAUAAUUCUUAUAGAGGAAAUAAUCGGGGAACAAUUCAGAAUAAUAAUUAUAGAGGAAGCUAUAUGCCCGGUAUCCAGCCAUCCCAGCCACCACCCGGCAUGAACACACAACUUCCGAAUAAUAGUCAUAAAGGAAGUAAUAUGGCCGGUAUUCAGCCACCACCGCCGUCACUUCCGCCAGCAGAUUCUGUGUCUGAACGAGAAUGGCGGCCGACAGGGCGUAUGAGAGGAAGUUUAUCGGGACAGGCAUACGCGGAUGCUCAUAUGCAGUUUGUUGUGCGACCAGCUCUUAUGACAACAACUACUACAACAACAACGCCGCAGACAGUCAGUCGAACGCAACAAGAGUUGGCUGGAAACACUACGCCGCUUCAUUUGAUUAAUGCGAGGAACAGGAUGGCCCAGGUUUCUCAAACUGUUAAUCUUUCUGCAACAAACGGAGGAAGUUCGAGUUCUUUCUCUAAUGGGUCUGCUCGGAACAGCUGAUUUAAAGAAUGGUUCUUGUUUUUUUAGUAAUUGAACUCUAAUUCAUUCUUAUUUUUAAGAUUUUAAGUAUCUGAAACUGAAUUAUUAUUAUUGUUUUUAUGCCAGCAUUAUACUGGUAGGAUUUUGUUCAUCUCUUGCUACUAUUAUUAUUUAAGACUAUCUUACAUAUU